GAAUCACGACCAGAGUUGCGGAGCUCUCGCUUUGUUGUUAAAACCCAACGGAACUAGUUCGGUGACUCGCGAAUUUGUUGUUGGUAUUGGUUACAGAUGACAGCUUUCAACAAAGAAGCGAUAGUUGCAACCGGCCGAGUUAAUAGAUUUAAGAUCUUUGGUGGUGAAAAAGAGAAAACACCAGCUUACAACUCAUACUAAGAAGUAUUUUAUAGUAGCCGCAGCUGCAAAACUCAAAAAUCAUCUAUUUCACAUUCGGCUCGUUGUCCAGUAUAUGAGUAAAAGGCCAGCCACAGAAUUCCAGGUAACAUCGUAAUGGAGGAACUACGCAAGCAUUUAUCCAAGGUGAACGUGCCUUGCGGCUCCGGAGCGGGGAGUCCGCCGAUCUACAAGGACGAGUGCGUCUACUCCUACGACAACCCAGAGACGCCCACCGGGCUGUACGUGUGUCUGCACAGCUUCCUGGGCUUCGGGGAGGCCUACGUGCGCGAGUACGCCGACAAGACCGGCAACGCUGUCUUUCUCCACAUUCGGAGGGUAAAGACGCCCAAGGAGGGAGCCGACGCGGAGCCGGGCUGUGAUCCCGAGGCGGAGGCAGGACCGGAGCGCAAGAUCACCCGCCUGGCUAUUGGCGUCGAGGGCGGCUACAACGAGUCGGACAUGGCUAAGAAGUACGAGAUAAAGGACACGUACAGCAUAGUAGUGGCCCCGCAGCUGGACAAGAAGCUCCCGUAUCCCGACCCUGAGCUCCCCAUGCGCGUCACCCAAGCGGUAGAGGCGAUCCUUGCCGCUGACUCGGCCAUAGCCAAGCUGGAGAAGGCCACGCUGAUGGGCACCUGGGAUGGAGAGGUGCGUCAGGCCUCCAAGUACGCGGAGAACCUGCAGCAGCUGGACAACGGCAAGCGAAUCCCACCCGCCGGCUGGCAGUGCGAGAAGUGCGAGCUGACCAACAACCUCUGGCUGAACCUCACCGACGGAUCCAUUAUGUGCGGUCGGAAGUUCUUUGACGGGAGCGGGGGCAACGACCACGCCGUGGAGCACUACCGCGCGACGGGCUACCCGCUGGCUGUCAAGCUUGGUACCAUCACCGCUGACGGGAAGUCGGACGUGUUCUCCUACCCGGAGGACGACAUGGUGCUCGACCCCUACCUGGAGCGCCACCUCUCACACUUCGGCAUUAACAUGGCGGCGAUGAAGAAGAGCGAAAAGUCUAUGGUGGAGCUGGAGCUGGACAUCAACCAGCGCAUUGGCGAGUGGUCGGCGCUGACGGAGAGCGAGAGCGAGCUGCAGCCGCUGGCCGGUCCGGGGUACACGGGCAUGCGCAACCUGGGCAACUCGUGCUACAUAAACAGCGUGAUGCAGGUGCUCUUCGUUAUCCCGGACUUCCAGCAGCGCUUCGUGGGCACCGGUGCCCAGCGCUAUUUCAGCGAGUUCCCCAACGACCCGGCCAACGACUUCAACAUCCAGAUGGCCAAGCUGGGCACCGGCCUGGAGUCGGGCAAGUACAGCAGCAUUGCGGAGAACACCCUGGACACUGACCACUCCACAGGCAUCUCGCCGGCCAUGUUCAAAAACAUAGUGGGCAAGAACCACCCCGAUUUCAGCACCAAGCAGCAGCAGGAUGCCAACGAUUUCUAUCUGCAUCUGCUUACUUUGCUGGACAGGAACUCCCGCAACCAGAGCAAUCCCGCAGACGCUCUCAAGUUCCUGCUGGAGGACAGGGUUGAAUGCCUGGCCAGCCGCAAGGUGAAGUACAAGACGCGCGAGGAGUACAGCUUCCGGCUGCCCAUUCCUCUGGACAAGGCGACCAACCUGGACGAGGUGCGCGAGUUCCAGGAGCGGGAGAAGACAGCCCGAGAGACCGGCCAGCGGCUGGUGGAGCGGGACAUCGUGCGGCACAAGGUGCCACUCCAGGCGUGUCUGGAAAGCUUCUUUGGCCCGGAGCUAAUCGAGCAGUUCUUCUCCACUGCCAUCGAUGGCAAGACGAACGCCAGAAAGACCACUCGCCUGGCCACCAUGCCCGACUGCCUGAUGAUUCACCUAGGCAAGUUUACGCUGGGCGACGACUGGGUGCCCAAGAAGCUGGACGUAUCCGUGGACAUGCCGGACGAGCUGGACCUGAGCGCCUGGCGCUCUGCCGGCGGGCUGCAGGCCGGUGAAGAGGCUCUGCCCGAGCCCGUGGCGGAGCAGCCGAAGUUUGCCUUCGACGAGGCGGUCAUGUCCGAGCUGCUGACAAUGGGCUUUCCGCCGGAGGCCUGCAAGCGCGCCUGCUUCCACACAAAGAACAGCGGGCUGGAGGCCGCCUCGAACUGGCUGAUGGAGCACAUCGCCGACGAGGACAUCUCGGAGCCUUUCGUGGUGCCCAACAACCGCAUCGGGGACUGCGCGCUCGACCAGUUCGUGGCCAAUCCGGAGAGCCUCGCCAUGCUGAUGAGCAUGGGCUUCGACGAGCGUCAGGCGGUCGCGGCUCUGAAGGCCACCGAUGGUAACGUGGAGCGCGCUACCGACUGGAUCUUCUCGCACGCCGACUCUGUUGGCUUGGAGGAGGCUGCCCCCGCUUCGGAUUCAUCCGCUACAGCGGCCUCAUCGGCGCCAAACAGGAGCAAUUACCGCGACGGCGGCGGAAAGUACAAGCUGGUGGCCUUCAUCUCGCACAUGGGCACCUCCGCCCAGGUGGGGCACUACGUCUGCCACAUCCGCAAGAAGGGCGAGUGGGUGAUCUUCAAUGACAGCAAGGUGGCCAAGUCGCAGCAUCCGCCCAAGGACCUAGGCUACCUGUAUCUGUACAUGCGCGACCAGUAGCCCGCCCGAUCUCAGCCCCAACCCAACUACCCCGGUCCCGCAACCCAAUAUUAUAAGCCCUAAGAAAUGGAAUUUAAUAAUAAACUACACAUACAGUGCUACACUA